ACAGUAGUGCGUGAAUUAAUACCAGUGCAACUUUCUAGGUGCCUCUUCAGAAAAGCUUCUAUCCUGACACAAAGUUAUGGGACGAAAAGUGGCCAUUAUUGGGGCAGGAGUGAGUGGGCUGGCCUCUAUCAAGUGCUGCCUCGAGGAAGAUCUGGAACCUACCUGCUUUGAAAAAAAUGAUGUCAUUGGAGGACUUUGGCAAUUCACGACUACAGUAUACAGCAUCAGAGAACAUCCGGAUUUCACAACUACUGGGCAAUGGGUGGUCUACACAGAGGCUAAUGGAAAAAAGGCAUCAACUGUCUUUGAUGCAGUUAUGAUCUGCAGUGGCAAUUUUACAGAAGUUAAUCUGCCCUUAGAUUCUUUUCCUGGUCUUUCUCAGCAUCAGAAAUGGAGCCUGGGUACUAAGUCGGAUGUCAAAAGCUGGCUGGCCUAGUGAUAUGGUCUUCCAAACUCGAUUUCUAAACUUCAUUCAAGGACUUCUUCCUGUCAGAGUUAGGGACAGGUUAUUGGCAAAGAAAUUCAAUCAAUGGUUUAACCAUGAGAAUUAUGGAUUGAUCCCUAUUAAAAGGAUUUAAUAAGCUGCCUCCAAUGAACAGAAUGAUGAAUGAAGUUGCUAAGCAGAAGAAAAGGCUCCUUAAAAAGGGUACUUCCAACACAGAGAAAGAAAAGGAAAUAUUUGUUCGCUACAUGGAUGAAAUUGCUGUUUGCAUAGGGGUUAAGCCCAAUGUGUCAUUACUUUUACUACAGGACCCCAAACUAGCUUUGAAAGUCUUCUUUGGUCCUUGUACCUCCUACCAGUAUCGCCUCUGUGGGCCUGGGAAGUGGGAGAAAGCUAGAAGUACAAUUCUGACCCAGUGGGACCGUGUUCUCAAGCCCUUGAAGACUCGGAUCAUAGACAAUUCUUCAAAACAUAUCAAGCCAUCCCUUUGGAAAAAAGUAUUUCACUUCACUGCACUCCUUGGAACGACUAUACUCAUGUUUACAUACGUCAGUACUCAUUUUAUACUAGCUAAGGAAAAUACCUAAUCUUAGAACUUUAUUUCAUAAUUUUACAGGAGGAA